UUCCAAAGGGAACUCACUCAUAAACAGAAUAUCACUCUUUACAGCCAUAAUUUCCUAGAAUGGCGGAGGUUGCUACCGAAAUUGCAAAGAAGAUGGAGGAAAAGGCGGAGACGCCAGUGACUGUGCCACCAACUAAAGCGGUGGAGGCUGCAAGGGCGGAAGAAGCUGAGACCAAGGUGACGGUGACACUUCCUAAAACGGUCGAGGCUACAAACAAACCGGCGGAACAGGAGGUGAAGCCAACAGAGACGUCUAGCUUGGUGGGGAAGCUUGAGACAGACGUGGAGAUCAAAGCUUCUGCUGAGCAGUUCCAUCACAUGUUCACCGGCAAACCACACCAUGUUUCCAAAGCAUCUCCAGGCAACAUUCAGGGCUGUGAUCUGCACGAAGGCGAUUGGGGCAAACCUGGCUCUAUCAUUUUCUGGAACUACGUUCAUGAUGGAGAGGCAAAGGUGGCAAAGGAGAGGAUCGAGGCGGUCGAGCCGGAGAAGAACUUGAUCACGUUCAGGGUUAUUGAAGGUGAUCUGAUGAAAGAGUACAAAAGCUUCUUGCUCACAAUCCAGGUGACCCCUAAGCACGGUGGGGCAGGAAGUAUUGUGCACUGGCACCUUGAGUUCGAGAAGAUUAGCGAAGAGGUUGCUCAUCCCGAGACUCUCCUCCAGUUCUGUGUCGAAGUCUCCAAAGAGAUCGACGAACAUCUCUUGGCCGAUGAAUAAAUCAAAAGGAAUAUGUGUUGUGCCUUAAGUUACGUACUUUUACUAAGACAAAAUAAAGGACUAUGGAGCCCUGUCCGAGUUUGUGAGAGAGAAAUUAUGAGUGUGCCAUGAUUAUGUGUGUGUAUGGUAAGAUCGUUUUACGUUGUGA